AUUGGCUGAGAGCAGGACCAGCUCGGAGUGGAGGCAAAGGAUGCCACAGACUCCGACAGAGCGCGCGCGGAUGAGGGCAGGGCGCGUCAGACAGACUCUCCCAGGCUGAUGCUUCGUCUUCGUUUUGUCUCCAAAACUUUUAGCCCCACUUUCACGUCCGUGGACGCACCUGGAUGCGGGCUGAGUGUGAUGCUUUGGAUGCGUGCCGUAAACCUCUCCUCCUCUCCACCACCUUCACCCGCGACGCAUCCUCCCUGGAGUGAUGGGCUCUAAGUUAACUCGGCAGAGAAGUCUUGAUUUGGAGAGUAAACUGACCCAAAGGAGACGCCAAAGGAAUGAUCUUCCGAGGGAGAACGAGAGGAGCGCCGGCAGGACCGGCGGAGACUUCAUGUUUACUUCCCUCAUGAUCCGCUCCGACAAGCUGCCGGGGAUGCUGCGCAAAGCCAACCAGAGCCCGUAUGUCAGACGGGUGGCUUGGGUCCGAGAAAUCCAGAGGCUGCUCAGGGAGCAAAAGAUGGAGCAAGCGGGGGAAGUGCUGAAACUGCUGAGAAAGGAUCUGGGACUACAGGGGUCGUCACUCAAUGACAUUCUGUACAAAAAUGCUGCUUUUCUUAACCUGGUGGACCCCAUUUCUCAUGAGCUGCUGGUUCGUCUUGCUCGAGACCUGCAAUGUCCAAAAAAGGAGGCUGACUCGCUCAAGUCCACCAACAAGAUAUGCCGCCAACUGAUUUAUCACUUGUCUCCCCACUCCAAGUGGAAGAGACAGGGCGUGCCCAGGAGGAAGACUCAGGCCUGUCUGAAGACCACCCUAAAGAAGAAACUGUCAGGUGACGUGAUCAAUCUGUCAGGAAUUCCGCUGUCUGGAAGAGAUGUCCACCGUGUGGCCUUCUAUCUUCAGACCGGCGGUGAGGCGGUGUCAGCCGUGGACCUGAGCUUCACUAUGAUGCAAGAUGAGAGCUUGCGGUUGCUGUUGCCCUACCUGAGCUGUCUGCCCAAGCUGACCACACUUGCCAUCAAUGGAAACCGCCUGACAUCAGCCAUUCUGAAAGACCUGACGGACGCAGUGAAGGACCCUAAGAAGUUCCCCAGCCUGGCAUGGAUCGACCUGGGCAACAAUGUCGAUGUCUUCACCAUCCCACAGCCACUGCUCGUGGCCCUGCGCCGCCGCUUCGGUUUACGCAGCAGCCUGCCCACCAUUUAUGAAUACAGAGAGGAGCAGGCUUUCGGGAGCUACAACCCAAACAUGGAGACGUCAGUGGAGGAGCCCAGUCAGUAUGAAGAGGCAGAGGAAGACGACAGAGAAGAAGACAGGCUGGAGCUUCAGGCUUGGGGCUUCGGAGAAGAAAACAUGCCAAAAAAUGUGCCGCUCCACUUCUGUGGGAGUUGAUUUCUCGAAGCAACUUUCUCUGUGGAUGGAACAUCUUUUGCCCUCAAGCCCAACCAGCUUUUUGGCAUCAGAGUUACCGACGGUGUUGACACUGACCCUGAAACUCAGACCUCAACAAUAUUAACUGCAUAGAAUCUCCCUAUGAAUGCUGUGAUUUUUGCAGGUAUAUCAGCAGCUGAACCUUCAGUGUAAAAGCAUUUAAGGACUGACAUGACCUUUAUUCACCCAGAGAAAUUAUUUAGGCUUACUGUUUUCCAGUGUUUUUCUGCUUCAGCUUAUGUUUUUUACCACACAGGUUUCCAUUAUCUUUACAUGUCCCACUGAAGAACAUGGGGAGUAAGUGCCUUGCACAAGGGCAGGUUAGUGGGUAAGACAUGUUUCAAGGCAGUCCAAAAGUGUUCAGACACUGUUAAGUUUUACACAUUUUCUUUGGUGUCAGAUUCAUUAUUAAACAAUGGUUUUUAAUCCAUGACUUUUUUUAAAUUUGACAUUUUUUAAACCACAAAAUAACCUACAACCUCUGCUCCCAUCAGACAACAAUCAAAUUAAACCAUGAAGCAUGAUAGAACCUCAUCAAGAUGAUCCAAACAUCAUCAUUUUAUGUUGUUAAGCAAAGGAGAGGAGCAAGCUUUGAAAAAAAACGUUACAUUAAUCACAGAAAAUCUGCAGGAGUGAGUUUACAAAAGUUUUUUGUGGACCCUAAAAUCUCAGUUCAUUCUCAGAGCUCAGGAUCUUGGGAGUUGAAGUUUUUCUCUGCUGUAAUCGAGGAAGAGGACCAUAGAGGACAGGUAUAACCUGGAUCAACUACCUAGUCACAAUCGGAUCAGUCAAUGAAAAGUUUUCAAUUGAAAGUUGAGCAGCCAGUUUGAUCCUACAGGAUCACGUAAGGAGAUUAUUUCACCAAAUGAUGUGCCCCCAAAAAAGGGUAAAUAUCCUUAUUUGUAUUUUGUAGAUGUUAAAAGUUGUUUGAAUUAUUGACAAAAAUAAGUAUUUUAUAUUAAUAUGAAAACUUAUAUUAAAUCUAUAAACCUUUUCAUCACAACUCUAAACUUUUUUUUUUUUCAUUUUCGUCUGUUUUGUUCAUACUUCUGCUUCAUUUUGCCAUGCAAUUAGUAGAAUUCCUUAUAAACAGAAAGAGAAACAGGCCUAUUGACUCAACAUAUUUAGUUCUAAUCAAGAAGGAUUUCAACUAAAUUUCAAAAAUACUGAUCUCCAUAAAGAUUCUGUUUACUGAUAGUUAAGCGUUGCCGGAAAAGCACAGAUGCACACAUGCAGACCCCUUACAGAGUGUUUGGGUGUGAGCCACCCAUGAACUGAUAACUGUCUCCAUCAGGCCUCAUUAUGCCCCUUCAGCCAUACUCAUAUGGUCUCUGCAAACAGGACUGACCCCAGAUCAUUUUGUCCAAUGAUUGUCUAAAACUGCUGCCAUUUAUGAGUCAGACCAAAACCUACAAAAAAGACGACCAUUUCUUUUUGCAAAGAAUUUUUGGACACGAUGAUUAAAUAAAAAAACUGUUUUUUUGUAUUCUCUUCUCCAAAGUACAUAAAAGUCACUCUGUUGUGGCAUGGAUUUAUCAAAGCACCUUCUGUUCAGCUCCUAUUUCUCUUAUUUGUACAUUGAAUUUACAGGUUUGAAUGUUUCUUGUUGCAUCAUUUUGGACCGCAAAUGCAGAAAGUGUAUUUACAUAUAAUUAUACUGCAGCCGUCAUUGAUCCCACCUGCAGAAAUUCAUUUCAGUUUGUUCAUGAUCUUAGGAAAAAUUUGGUUUGUCUGGGAGCCAGAGGAUGAUCAGAGUGUGUGUCUGAGUUUGUUGUGGGCAUGCAGAGUAAAUUACUACCUUUGAUCAUGGAAAUGUAAAAAAACGCUUGCACAUUUGCACUUUUUGCACAGCCUCAUCCGCAAACAUAGACACACAAACAUAGACAAACAUAUUGUGUUCUUGUGUCCAAAAAAAAAAAACAGUUAAAAAGGUUCUCACUCAUAUUAAAAUAUUUUUGCUUUUUCAUUUAAGAGUUUAAUCUUAUUGCAUACGUGUUGUGUUGGGAUAAAAAUAAAUAAUAGAAAAUGGUACAUCUGAUUAGAUUUUACCAUUGAGAUACCGCUUGGUGUUUGCCUGAUUUUGUUUUUUAAAUAAAUCCUUAGAAAAAAAA